AGUAAACACAACAGACCUGUGAGUUGAGGCUGGGAGAACAGGACCCAGAGUUAUUAUAUACUUUUAUCCUCUAAAUAAAUAAAAUACAAGUUCAUAGACAUUAAGAGCUGUUGAAAUAAGAACAUGAAAUUAAUACAAGUUCAUAGACAUUAAGAGCUGUUGAAAUAAGAACAUGGAAUUAUAAUUAAUAAGUCAAAUCCUUUCCCGAGUGAAUGAAUUAAAGUCGUUUUUUAUAGAUUUUGUCAGUAUGUUAACUUAUUGAACACCUAUGGCAGAAGAAGAAAAACAUAAUGUCCUCCAAACUACUGAAGAACAAGCUGAUCAUCCCCGAGACAAUGAACAUAAUGAUACGGCACAAGAACAAUGUAAAAUCUUCCACACUGCUGAAGAAGUUAAUGAGUGUCUUAAGGAAUUUCAAGAGAAAACUCGUUCCAAGUUCAUCCUUGAUGUCUGUUCACCAAAGUUUGGAGAUGGAAAUUGGAAGCCUGAUAUUGGGGAGAAGAGUCGUUUGUACUGGAGACAUGAACAGGCAAAGGUCCCAUUUGAUGGUGUUCCAUUCAUGUUUGGAGGUGUCAAGUCUUGGCGGUGCCAUCAAGGACCAGACUUUGGCAAGAGAAGGAAAGCAAAAUACAGAGAACAGCGGGACAGAAUAGAGCGAGAACGCCACGUACAGAUCAAACGCAGGACACCACCGGUGUCAAAGAAGAUUGGUUGCACUGCCAUGUUGUAUGCCCACAAGUUGGUCAAGUUCCCUGGAUACAAGGUAUCAACAGAUAGUGAGCCAUCUAAACGAAGCAGAGAUAAGAUGAAAAAAGCCCUUCUGCAAGAGGCUCUUACUGAACCUGGAGUUCAGAUGGAGAUUUUGUACCAAGUUAGACUUCCCUCGCUGGCUGCCCACAACCAUCCUGUGCCUAAUGAUAUUACCAGAAAACGUCGAAGAAUUCAAAAAGUCAAAUUCACUGCCAAGACAGAAAUAGCUGAACUUGUCCCUUCCCAGGAGGCAGAAUUAACUGACACAGAUUUCCUCCAUACAUUUAGGGUCACAAAAAGUGUUUAUGAGUUCCUAGUGGGAGAAUGGCAGCAUGAGGUGGCAGAAAGACUGAUGAAGGAAGGAGUACCAGUGGCCGAGUUGGACCAGUACAAACAGCAUGUGUUAGCGGCUUUGUAUUAUUUUGGCUCAACUGAAAAACUGGCCCCAGCAUCAGAAAGAUUCAGCAUGUCACCCAUUGCUUUUCUGAAUACUGCUGUCAGGUUUGCUGACUUCCUCAUUAGACAGCAAGACAUAUAUAUGAACAUGCCACGACUGGAUGAGAGGUUAGUUAUAGCUGAGGCCAUCAAAAAUGUUUCGGGCUUCCCUGGGGUCAUGGGAGCGAUGGAUGCAGCACUUAUUCACAUGCGGACACCACCUGGUCCUGAAAAACAAGAUUAUUGCUAUGACAAAAGUAAGGCAGGAUUCAAGUGUGCCUUUGUUCUGCAGUUCAUAGUGGACCAAAGACUGAUUUUUCGAGAUAUUCAUUUGGAUGCUCCAAGUGCUGGCCCUCGUAUUCAAAUAUUUCAGGAAUCAGGUGCUUGGUUUACCUUACAAAAUCUUACAAGUUCAGAAACACAUGUUGUUGCCCCAGCUGUGUAUCCUCUUGCACCAGCCAUCAUGACACCUCACAUGAAUGAUGUUUUAUCUUACCAGGAGGCAUUGUUUAAUGAAAACCACAGAGAAGCUCUUAAGUUGGCCGCUAAUGCCAUGGCCUUGUUCAAAUCUAGAUUCAAGCGUAUGCAGCAAUUAGACCGUCAUGUUGAAAACAACAGCAAAUUUGUGAGGGCCUCUUGCAUUCUUCACAACAUUGCCUUACUAAAUGAACCUGAAACAGUACUGGAUAGAUUGUCACUGGAGUACAACAGGAGGGUGGAUGAUGAAGGCUGGCAUUUUGUUGGAAAGGAAGAAACUGUGGCUGAGUUUGGUAUACUCGGAGGUGAAGAAAAAAGACAUUAUCUUACCACUGUCAUGACUGGUCGCUGUGAUGGCCUCCUGUCUUAUGUCCAGUUUCCAUCACAGUUAGAAUGUUAGCUUGUAAAGCUUUAUAUUACCCAAGGUGAUACUGUAUACAGUACAGUAUGUAUUGUAUUCAGCAAAACCUCUGACGUGCAACAAUGAGUGUGCAAGGUAUUGCAGCUUUUUUAGUGUUUCCUGAAGAACCUAAUUGGACAAUUAUACCGUGUACGUUAUUGUACUGAUUUCCACCAAUUAUUACUUGAAGAUUUUUUUAUGCUUGUUUGAACUUGUAUUGAUCUGUAAAUAUGGACCUGAAACAUGAUUUAUUCAACUGUCUAUGUAUGUAAAUAAACAAUUAUAUUAAUAAUAAUGAAAUAA